GUUUUAUUACUAACUUAAUAUUCUCCACUGUAGAACAGUGUAUACAGUAUUUCUAUUUCAAUAUCAUUAAUAUCAGAUGAAAUAUUAUUAUUAUCCUGCUGCAAUGGAAUCAGAGGGAGAAGAGUUUGGAAGCCACAGAGGAUCCAGCCCAGUCCAGAUGCAGCUAAACUACUUGGAUGGUCAAGGUCGAGACAACUCAAGGUCAAUGCCUCAUUCACAACAUCAAAGAACAGACAUGGACAACUGUGAUUGGCCAAUCCAUGAACCAGAUCAACAUCAAGUCAUCGAUGAAGUAAGGUGUCACAUCCAACUCAAUGUUGAUAAUCAGAAACAAAGUGUAUACUUGGACCACAAUUACUCUGUAAUGCUUGCAAAUGCUUGCAAAUUCUGUGAUUAUAAAACAACAAAGAAAUCACAUCUUGUCACUCAUCUAAGGAAACACACAGGAAAAAGACCCUUCAGCUGUGAUUUAUGUGACUACAAAGCAGCAUCAAAAUCAAAUCUCAUCACUCAUCUAAGGACACACACAGGAGAAAGUCCUUUCAGUUGUGAGUUCUGUGACUACAGAGCAAAACGUAAAUCAUAUCUCAUCACUCAUCUAAUGACACACACAGGAAAAAGACCCUUCAGCUGUGAUUUAUGUGAUUACAAAGCAACACAGAAAUCAGAUCUCAAAAUUCAUCUAAGGACACACACAGGAGAAAGACCUUUCAGCUGUGAUUUAUGUGAUUACAAAGCAACACAGAAAUCGAAUCUCAUCACUCAUCUAAGGACACACACAGGAGAAAGACCUUUCAGCUGUGAUUUAUGUGAUUACAAAGCAACACAGAAAUCGAAUCUCAUCACUCAUCUAAGGACACACACAGGAGAAAGACCUUUCAUCUGUGAGCUCUGUGACUUCAGAACAAAAUGUAAAUCAUAUCUCAUCACUCAUCUAAUGACACACACAGGAGAAAGACCCUUCAGCUGUGAUUUAUGUGAUUACAAAGCAGCACAGAAAUCAGAUCUCAUAAUUCAUCUAAGGACACACACGGGAGAAAGACCUUUUAGCUGUGAGUUCUGUGACUACAGAGCAAAACGUAAAUCAGAUCUCAUCAAUCAUCUAAUGACACACACAGGAGAAAGACCCUUCAGCUGUGAUUUAUGUGAUUACAAAGCAGCAAGGAAAUCAAUGCUUACUAGACAUCUGAAUACACACAAUGUAGAAAGAUCUUUUAGCUGAUAUCUUUGUGAUUACAAAUCAACAAUGAUAUCAAAUCUCGUCUCAUCUAAGGACAGACACAGGAGAAAGACUCUUCAGCUGUGAUUUAUGUAAUUACAAAACAAUAAAGAAAUCAUUCCUCAUCACUAAUCUAAGGACACACACAGGAGAAAGAUUCUGAUCAUAGUUGAAUGGCAUUGCCCCUUUCUCUCUUUAUCUGUCUGACUGUUUGAGGCGAAUCUCACUAGAAUAUAUAGUAAGAUCAGUGAGUGAGUGCCAUUUUGCUUUUAUAUAUUAUAGAUUACGUUGUAAAAGUUGGAAAAACGUUUGCUGACAUCUGUCUUUCAUUAUGAAGAAUAUUAUUUUUGAGAUUUUCAUCAUAGAUAUGAAUGCUAAUGCUGGAAAGUAUUUGGGAAGUAGUUUUGAUAGUGAAGCGUACAAGAGAACAUCACGUGGGCCUAUACUGAAUUAGACUGGUUACUGUAUUACAGUAUAUUAUUCUUUGCUUGAAAACUAAUGUUAUAGAAAUUCUUGGAAAAAAUCUUUUCAUAUAUUUCUAAAAUCUUGUCUUUGAACUUGAUUGUGGAGGAAUCAACAAUUAUUGAAACAAAACACAAGCUCAAUUCUUACAUUACGGUACCGUACUUUUCAAAAGUAGCAGAUUGAAUGUUGGAAAAAUUGUAAACAUCAACAGUAACUAACUAUACUUGUAAAGUUUUAGAAAGGUAAUUAAACUUCAAUUUUUAGAUUGAAAUUUGGCUGAAAAUUCCUUUAUAUUCUUUAUAUAAAGAAAUUUAAAUGAAAAAAAUUAUUAAUAUAGAUUGGGUUCCUUCUAUUUUUAAAUGCAAGUUGAUUAGUUUGGACCUACUUGCACAGAAGCAUAAUCAUAAUAAUAUUACAAAUCAUGAGUAGUAGUCAUUGAGUAAAUCAAAUCAUUCAAAUCAAAUUAUUGAGUACAUUAUAUAAACACUAUAAUAAACUAAUAGAAUGUAAAAAUAGGAAUUGAUCAGAACUUUUCAAUUAAUUAUAAAUCAUUAACCCUAUAGAAAGAAACAAAAUCCUACAAGAACGGUUGCUGAAAAUCAUCGAAACUGCGUCUCGAACUGUCAGUUCUCCUGUAAAUCUUCUCUGAAUAAGUAUAAUAGGACAAUAAUUAUUUUUCGAAAACAUUAGAUCAUAACACACUAUACGUACUGAUAACACAAUUUCAUAUAAUACAAGAUUAAACCGCAGAAUUUGUAUAAAGCAUUACAAACUUAUACACCCAUAGACUUUCAAACAUGUAAUGUCUUCCCAUUACAAUGUUCACAAGUGAACACCAUCAAAAAAUAAUAAUAUUAGGCAUGAUAUGAUUAAUUUAUGGUUGACAUAGGCUCUAGUCUGAUCCAUUUUUGUAUUGAUUAAUACAAAUGUAAUGUUGCUGAAUAAUGCGAACAUAAUAUAUAUUAGCAUUCGUAUAGUGCAGGGGUUCUAGUAUAUGAAAUUUGUUUCUUCGGGGUUCCGGGCAUGGAAGAAAUUGGGAUUUCAGUAAUUAUAUAAGAAUAACUUUUAAAUUGAGUGUUAUGUGAGCAUACGUUCCAAAUUUAUUUGAAAGGAAUACGUUGAAUUGGAGGAUAGUAUUUGUUUCUUCGGGUAUUGUAAUAUGUAUUUCUACUUCAUAAAGAAACUCACUUUUAUCACUCUGAUAAAUGAUCUUACCUAAUAAAUUACGCUAAUUGAACGAGCGUAGGCAAAGAAAUAGGCUAGUCAACAAGUCAGUUUGUUGUUGACGUUGUCAAUACAGAUUUUGUAAAUUAACUGUUAAUAUUAAAUUGAAUAUAAUAUGGUGCUGUAA